GAAGCAGAAAACAAUCCUCGCACCAUUCCGAGUGUAGCUGAGCAGCACCUGCACACAGCGUCCCCGUUUCGCAAACCCGCAUCUGAAAAGAGCUCGCCGCCAAAGCUUCGACAGCUGCGCUGUUGCGCGCCAUCACCGUUUAACUCGUGCCGUUUCGGUACGUUAGUGAAACCGUUGAAAGAAGUAUUGUGCGUGUGAAGCAGGAAGGGCAGUAAUGGAUUUUAGUAUGUGGAUCCUCCUUUUUCUGGGCUUCAAGGACGUGUGCAAGAAGAAUGAGACUCUGGAAUUACUUCCUAGGGUGUGCACUAUGCCGCCAGAACCAGGAUACUGCGAAAUUCCGAGGAACACUUCAUCAAAACGAUAUUUCUACAACACCCAGAUCAGAUCGUGCGAAGACUUUCCUUAUACUGGGUGCGGAGGAAAUGAAAACAACUUCGAAACUUUGCAAGCUUGUCAAGAACGAUGCGUCAUUGGCUUACCAAAAGGGAAAUGUGCACUGUCAAAGGACGCUGGACCCUGUAGGGGCAUCUACGAGAGGUACCGCUACGACUUGGAUGCUCAGGACUGUGUUCGUUUCUUCUACACCGGCUGCGGUGGAAAUGACAACAACUUUGACACCUUCGAGAAGUGCUCCGAGGAGUGCAUUCAAGUUAGGACGCCAUUACAUGUCGAAACGCACGUGACCUUAUAAGGAAAGUGAGUUUGAGUACCCAGAGCAAUCACACUCGAAGGUACAGACUAAUGUUAUGCGGUGAGAGUUACGCGUUCGCACAAUCGUCGUACUUUGUUCCUGCAUACAGCAACGCAGAUGGUGUCGUUCUACAGUGACUGCGUAGUUUGAUCAGCGAACAACAUAGUUCCGAAGUUAUUUCAUGUCGUGCGAGGUAAGUACUUGUUCCACUGGAUGCUCAAUGAUGGCAAGGGCUAGUGCAGCAUCACUGGAACCAUCUCCAUCGAGGCACGAACGUGUGAAGAGGAUAAAAGUUCAGUUCGCGAAUAGACAGUCGAUGUCCGGCUGCGGCGUGCAACACCACCCGUACCCGUCUUCGAGCUUCAGGAUACCACUUGCUCUCUCUGACGUGUGUGAGCGUGUGUCUGAUACCAUCUCGGGAGCGACUUUGUGUUCGUUCUGCUGCUUCCACUAUUCUCACAUUCGAAGUGUUGUGAUCACAACAGCAAAAUCGCAAUUAUAUGGCAGAAACUCUGUGCUGUGACGAUUAUCUCCUGUGAAACGUCGAACUACGUUAAAAUAUAAAAUGGAACGUAUAUUGUC